GAGCGCCUCGAUCGAGUAUUGUCAUCGCCAGCAUAUCUAUAGGGUACUUAGCUCGACACCUCAGUAGGUUAGGUACAGGAAGUACUUAGACUCGAGAAUAACAACAGAAACACGAAAACUUUCUCGGCAUCUAUCGAUCUCUUUCACGUGGGACGUUCCCGAACAGCGUCGCUAUAGUAACGGCGUCCUGGGGAAUCGGCCAUAGUCACGUGAUUGUAGCUUUUACCUGGCAAUGAGCUUUAUAACUCUGUGACAGUCAACAGCGGAGGGUGUACUCUCUUAGAAACAAAUAUGAGUCUUUUAGGGAAAAAAUCCAAGGACAAAAAAAGAGAGCGCGAACUCAGGCAAAGACUGGGUAUCGACCAAAAGGUUCUUGAAGAUUUCCAUACUACGUUCCGUUUGAUGGACCGUGACAAAAGUGGCAGCAUCUCUCACGAGGAAUUCAAGGAAGUGGUGGCCAAGAGCAAGACCCGCUCCACCGACCAGGAAAUCAGGGACAUGAUAGCCAAAGCCGACCUCGACAAUAGCGGGUCGAUUGAAUUCGAAGAGUUUGCAGAAAUGAUGGCGAUGAAGUACAAAGAAAAUAAAGCAUGGGAGUGUGAGAUCAGAGAGACCUUCAAAUGUUUCGACACAAACAAGGACGGCUUCAUCUGUCGACGGGAGCUGCGAGAGGGAAUGAAGAGCAUUUCUGAGAGGCCGCUCACGGAUGCCGAAUUAGACGACAUCAUCAGAACCGCAGACAAAGAUGGUGACGGCUUCCUCUCCCUGAAAGAGUUCUCCGAGUACAUCAUCGAGAACCAAUAACCUCGCCCUCCAUGUGUCACGUGCCUUUAAUAUAUACAUAUAUAUGUGCUGUCAUGCGCAGUCACCGCUAUCACCGACUUCCUGUCCGGUCCUUACUAAUCGGACUUCACAGAUUAUCCUGAUCCUAUAUCCCAUACUGUCAACACGCCCAGUAUAUAGCUGACUUUGUAUGUAUAUUUAUGACGCACACAACGUGAAACCAAGCAGAGAAGUGAUAUUCUGCCAUUGCCGGUGACGACGUUGUGAACGAACCAAGACCGCAGGGCAUGUUUCGUGAUGACAGUUUACCUAAAACAAAGUCAGAUAAAUGAAAGAUUGAGAUUGGCCUAGUGCAUUCA